AUGGGUGAGGUGGUUAGCUUUGGUGGGGACUUGCGCUGGGACAGUGAGCCAUCUGAGUAUACGAUCCAGGUGGUUGGGUCCACCGUCUCAACCCACUGGAGGAAGGCCUUGGCCGAGAGGGUAGAGUCUGUAUGCGAAGGUGAGAGUGAGGGUGAGGGCACGAUGACCCUCGAUGUCAAGCAGCAAGAUGCUGCGAAUGUCGUCUGGGCAGCCGAGGCUGCAGAAGUCGGUUGUACGGGAAGUCGAGGGGCACAGAGGCCAGAAUGUCGCAGGCUCGCGAAGCCGAAAUGUCGAGGUAAGAAGAAGUCGCAGAUAAAGACAAAUGAAAUGGUGCCCGGAGGCGAUGUCAAGAGCUCGCGAAGCUCAGUGCCGUUAAAGACACUUGUCACGAAGAAAGGUCAACUCUCCGAAUCCCUUUCUUCUGGCAGCUGUUAG